AUGAUCCGUCGCAAUUCAGACAUUGAGGUCCAGCUCCCCGAUGCCGGUAGCCCCGUCGUCUCCGAACCUUCAAACAACCCGGAUGUAGAGAUGUCAUCGGAUGAACCUACUCUUCCUCUGAGCCUCCCUACCCACCUCGCCGCUCGCUUUGCCCGGAAACCCAGUGUGAUUCGUCGCUCAUCAGCAGCCUCAUCCCGCCGAAGCUCGAUAUCGUCCCUGCAUUCGCAACACUCGCAUGCGUCGGCUCAUGGCGCAUCUUCUACCGAUCACGCAGCGCAGCAUCUCCGGCGGACCUCUAUCCUCGAAAGCCGCAAGGCACGGCUUGCCGACCGCGCGUUACACGCAGAAAAGGUGAGGCUACGUGCUGCCCUUGCGAAAGCUGCUACACGCAACUUGCAAAGAGAGGAACGGGCUUUAGCUGCCCAGCAAGCUCGGGAACGGCUUUUGGCUGAAAUCACUGCCAAGUGCGAGGAGGAAGUCCGCCGGGCGAAAAAGAAGGCUGAAGACAACCGGGAAAGGAAGGCUGCUGAGCACGCUCGCCUUCGUUUGGAGAUCGCCGAGAAAUUCGCAGAGGUAGAGAAAAGGCGAAUGCUAUAUCAACAGAGCCAACGGCGCCACCGCACCAGUAGCCUGCAUUCCACGGACGAGAAGAAGAUGUCAAAGCUUUCAGCGGGUCUCAUCACGCGGGACGCAGCCGCAAGAACAAUUCAACGCGCAUGGAGGACAUACCAUUCCCAACUGAUCAUGCGAGAGUUUCUUGAUCUAGGCCUGACCACCGGUCGCAUCCGUGACAUGACCUUUGAGGAUGUGGGUGCCCUGCUAUCGGCGGAUCCAGUCCUGACCACUACGGCCCGCGUCCUUCGACUCUGCGGGCUGCAAGACAUGGAAAGCGGCACCAUGGGCGGCCGGGGUGCUGUACGCACGUUUCUCAGCAGCUACUUGAUUGUCACUCAUCCUACAGAGGUUCUGAGCAGCAACGGAGAACAGGAACAGGACCUGAUCGCCAAAGCACGAGAGCUCCUUGAGGCGUUCGAGCAAGUUACUCCUCUGCUCUCCUCCGGCUGCUGCUCUCCUCUGUCCAUAUCCACUGAGCUCCAGGUGCUGUGUGAGGCAUACAGUGUCUUUUUCUCUGCGUUCCAUGCGUGGAAGACGCAUGAUUCCAGCGUUUUGAUUGAGAUUAUGCUAGCUCAAUUUAUCGAGCUGGAGCUGAUCUGGCAGACGGUUAAGGAUGAUCGUGCCGGUGGUGUGGCCGACGAUUAUCGGCAGGGGAUCAGACAGAACCAGAUAUUGCUCCUUGCCAGGCUGAAGCGUCUGGCGGGGUCUGAUCGGGCCAUGCAGAUGGUGCGCGAUGCUUUGAAGAAGGCCAAGCGUGAGAAGAAACGUACUGCCGCUAAGAAGCAAGCUAUCCCGCGGUCAGCGGAAGUUGCGCCCUCCACCGAAGCUCUCACUGAGAGUGUUGCCUCUCCUAUCAGUGAGACAUUUAACAACGUGGAUAGUGCAGUCUUGAAAGAAUUAGACAAGCAGCGGAUCUCACCUCAUGAACGGUUCACCCGCAUCCUCACUGCCCUUCCGGAGAACCGGGCGUUGGUUCAUGAGCUCCUCAUCAACAAGGCGUUCAAGAUUGAUGAGGAACAAUAUACGGAACCACGCAGGCGGAUAAUGGAGCAUAUGUGCGAAAUGAUGCGCAGGGAUGUUGAUGACGGUCUAGGCACGAACUGGACGGUGGCUAUGGCUACUGUGAUUCAGGAUCGAUUGCUGCGCUCUCUUCGGCCUGGCAAUUCGCUCCAUGUAUUGAUCAGCGAAGUGCUGGAUCCUAAACUAAUUGAGAACCAGUGCAAGGCUGGCGCUUUUUCCUACGAUAAAUUUUUCGAGUUUAUGAAUACCAUCCUUCCGAAGCUCUGCGCACCUUAUCGCGACCCUGUGGUCAAGGCCUUUGUCGAGGAUACGUCCGGGGAUGCGAUCGAUCGGCUAGCAAGACUUAUGGGAAUCAUCGAUCUCCUGUCUCUUGAUCACACCAAUUUCAUGAUCCAGAUGGCGGCGCCGCAGCUCAUUCAGGAGGCGCCUGGCUACGAACAGAGAACGUUCGAGAAAGGUCUCCAAGAUGGCUCGUUGAGUCUCGGGAAGACCCGCCGUUUCUGGCGGACGUACCGAAAGGUUCUCGCAGAUGAGAUGCGGAAGCGUGAUCCGGAGAACGUAAAUGGCGAGCCACAACCCCCUAUGGCCAAGAUCUACGCGCAAGGAUUGGUGGAUCUGGUGCUGAGCAAUGCCCCCGUGUCCGACGAGCUGAUUCCUGAGACACUGGAGUUGGAUCGCCAGCGGCUUGGGCGGCUACAUGCCCAGGCAUUUCGGAUCGUUGCCACGGCGUCCAUACUCUUAACGGCAAAGAAUCUGCUUAAACGUGAUGUGCGGUCUCAAUGGAAGGCCGAGGCUGACCGAAUCCUGUCCCUCGACUUUAAUGAGAUCCAACCUGAUCGGGUCCAGUCGAUCUUAGAGUCCACUCACCCAAUGCCUCCUAGUGCGAGCGCCCAAUUGGCAGCCACUAUUCGACGAGUGCUGGCGCCAGUAGGUGCCGCUUGCGCCGCUGCCGCACCGGCGGGAGCGACGCAGACGACAGUCGAGAUCCAAACGGACCCAGACCCGUCGGGCCCGUCUGCUGCCUCUUCGUCUACCGUGUCCGAACCUGCAGGAUCCAUUGGCUCUACAGGAUCGUGUGGGAGCGCGACCAAUGCUGCCAGCUUUACGGACCCUGUGGCACGGUUGAUCUUGUCGCGUUUACGAGCUCACAUCCUCUCUCGUAUGAGCGCGUCUAGCGCCAGCGAGAGGGUGCGGGCCACUACUACGGCUAGCCAGAGUCUAGCAGGAGCCGGUAUGCCUGAGUUCGUGACAGAGGUCGGGCAAUUGACCGAGGAGUUGGAGAAGAUGCGUGAAGUGGACUGGUUAUGUCAUGGCAUGAUCUACGAUCGCAUCUUGGCCUAG